CAUAUUGUAUCCCAUCACACCUCGUCACUACCUCACAUCCUUGAUAACAUAGAGCGCAGGGCACACACAGGCGGGUGUGAGCUCUGGCGCCGUCCUCCUUCCUCCUCUCCGCCUCUCCCUCCCCACUUCCUUCCGACGCCAUGGCCGCCCUCCUGUCUCCCGACACCGCGCCGUCGCCCCGGCCCAACCCGUUCGCGAAAGCGACCUCGCAGACGUCGUUCAGUCGCAGCGGGUCACUCCUCCCCUUGCGCAGCCCGUCGACCUCUACUCCAGUGCCUUCGGGUUCGACGCCGCAGCGCAAGCCGUGGCGACUGCUCUGGCGGGGCGGGCUCGAAGUCGGCCCCGACGGCUGGCGGCUAGACGGCAUAACCUUCUUCGCGAUGCUCGACUUUGCCAAAGACGCCAACGCCCCAGGUGACCCCUUCGCGCCGCCCACGCCGCGCCCGUCGACGCCGAACGCGGCCCUCGCCGACGCCGACCUGUGCCUCUCGCUCGAGUCGCUCCGCGGGAGGAAGUACCUCCCUGUGCGGGGGCUGCUGCCGCUCGCGGACGACGAGCUGGAUUCCGACGACAGCGUGCAGCUCAGCGUCGAGAGCCCGCUCCUCGCGUCCUUCUUCGCUUCGUCGCUGUGCGCCGCGCCAAAGCUCACGCUGGCCGGCCGCACGCCGCUCGCGAUCGAGGUUGGGCUCGGCGACGAGGGCGUCGAGGCGUCCACUAUUGUCAUUUACGGGCAGCGGCGGGACGCCGACGCUGCCUUGCGGCUUUGUGUGGGCCGGCGCGCGGUCGUGCCCAGCCCGAGGAAGGUGCGUCCUGGCGAGCCACUGCCCCGCGCGCCGCUCCUCUUCCCGACAAAGGCGGCGCGCCGGCCCAGGCCACCGCUGGCCCGCGCUACGUCGUCAGUGUACGCGCCGCCGCCGGCCCUUUCGGCCUCCGCCUCGACCUCGUCUGUCGCAGUGCCAGACGGGCGGACGCCCGGUAGGAGAGGCGAGAAGCGGCCGCGGAAAGACGGCGCGACGGGUAACGAGGACGACAAGCGCCGCCGCGCCGGACGCAUCGUCAAGCCGGUGCCAGAUAAGGAUACCGACGAGGACAUCUUCGGCCGCCGGUCCGCGUCGCUCGCGCCGCGCGCGGCCAGCGUCGCGCCCUCCGCCUCGGUCGUGGUCGAGAGCGAGGCCGACCCGCCCCGCACGGCGCGCCGCGUGCCCCAGCAAACGCUAGACAACAAGGCCAUGAUCCGCAAGCAGGCGCUCGUGGCGCUCGAAGCUAGAGGGGUGUUGCGCGACCACAGCUUGUUCAAGGACGUGUUCAGUCUCGUGACGAAGGGGACGUACUUUGCCGUCCGGCGCACCCUCGAUUCGUCGGCGCUAGACAAGGGACAUGCCCAGGACAUUAUUAGACGACACCUCGACAUGUACCUCGACGAUAUUGGGGGGCCUGAUGACGGCGAGGCGACGGACAAGGACUAGAGGGUAGCGCAGAGCAGUUGUCACAGCAUGUCAUGUAUCAUUGCAUCGAAUAGA